UACACACUCAACUCAGUUGCAAAAUGGGCAGCAAAGAUUCGAGAAGUAGUUGUGUGGAUGAAGAGGUCAUCAAUGGCCAAGGUUGUGCUCCGUGAAAAGCAAGACCUUCUUAAAAUAGACAAGAACUCCCUCCUCCUCGAUGUCAAAACUCGCUGGAACUCCCUUUUCCUCAUGAUUGAGAGAUUCCUGCAGCAGUACUCUGCUCUUCAAGCAGCCUCCUUAGAUCCACGGCUUAGAAAGCCAAUGGAGCAGGACAGACUCUCCAAACUGACAAAUGAGGACUACAGAAAAGCAGAGGAAUUUAUUGAACUCAUGGAGAUCCUGUACACAUCAACCCUUUGUGCCUCAAAUGAAAAGAGCUCCACCUGCGGCCAAGUCCUACCAAUCUUACAAAAGCUGAAGAACCAUUUCACAGUCCGAGAUGGAGAUUCACUGUUUGUCUCCUGUCUAAAGAAGACAAUCUGGACUGAUCUAUCAAAGCGAUAUCAGACAGACCAGGUGAGAAACUUCCUUGGAGAAGCAACUGCCAUGGACCCUCGCUUUAAGCAUACGCUAGAGGAAGAGGAUGCUGAGGAAGAUAAGACAGUGAGGAACCGGAUCAAUGAGAAAAUCCUUGCUGCACAUGAUCCUGCAGAAACAGAACAGGUAAUGUCAAUUGAAUGA